AUGGAUAUACGAGAAGACGGAUCCGAGACGCUAUCUCAUCGUGAUUACCUUAUUUUAUUCGACGAGGCAAUCCAAGAGAUCAAAGAUAGAAUGAGGUCAGAAGGCCGAGACGAUGAGUUCGUUGGUGCGAAGGAGAAGCUACGAUGGUACUUGGAGGAUUGUAUGGCACUCAAAGCUGAGUUUCCAAAUCUUAUAGCCGGAUUUGAUUUUCUCGGCCCCGAGCGUCGGGGGCACCCACUUGAAUAUUACAUUGAACCGCUGGUAUGGUUCAAGCAAGAAACAAAGAACAGGGGAUUGGACAUUCCUUUUGUAUUUUUGGUGGGGGAGCCGAUGAGCAGCGAGGACAAGUCUGACAGCAACCUUUACGAUGCGUUAUUGCUGGGUGCUAAAAGGAUCGGACACGGGCUUAAUUUAGCCAAGCACCCACUUUUGAUGCAAAUGGCCAAAGAACGUGGGGUGGCAGUCGAAGUCUGCACGAUCUCGAGUGAACUUCUCGGACUUACCUCUCCCAUUCAUCAUCCACUGACGACGCUCCUAAAUUAUGGCGUACCUGUGGUAUUAUGCCCGGAUAACCCAGCAUCUUAUGGAUAUGCAGGACUUUCCUUUGAUUUCUUCCAGGCAAUGGUUUGCAGUACCAGUAGUAAUCUCCUCAGUCUGAAGCAGCUGGCGAAACAAAGUAUCCAGUAUUCCUGUCUUAAUGCAGAGGAGAUGAAAAACGCAUAUGAGGCAUGGGAGAAGAGAUGGUCUGUUUUUGUGGACACGAUCGUUAGCGGGCGUUUUGAGCCUCCGAAUAUUGAUGGAAAACAAAUCUAA